AAACCACAGGCUUCCUGCUCUAGGGAGUUGAUCCAGAAUUGUCUUUCUGAAAGGAAGCACUGGAAUCCUUCUGAACUUUCCAAGUCCAUCCAUGAUUCAGAGAUACUGCCUUCUCUCUCUGGGAUUUUAUGUGUUUCUGAUAGUGAAUUGUUGAUGUAUUUGCUACUUUGCUUCUUUUCUCUUUCAAGACUUGAUCAUUUUGUGUGAUAUUUGGAGAAAAAAAGAACUUUUGUUUAGAAAGGAGGUUUCAGAAAUGAUUUUGGAUUUUCUGCUGCGGAAUUUCUCGGCACCUACCUGUAGUAUGGGGCACUUGGUUUGGUUGCAGAGUAAGAAGGUGGAAGAAUGAGCUGUACUUGGUUAAGCAGUUGAAACCUUUUUUGAGCAGGAUCUGUAAAAGCAUAAUUGAAUUUGUUUCACCCCCGUGGAUUCCAGUGGGCCCGACAGCGCAACAGGUUUGCAGAUUUCUUUUGAAAUUCUUUUUUCCCCCCUCCCUCUGCCUCAGCAAAAGAAAAGAAUCUAUAUAACAGGUUCAUGUUCAAUUGCUUGGCUUUUCAGCACUUAUUCUGAAGAUUUUAUAAUAUUUUUAAACUUGACCUUGGAACACAGAGGGCUUUGUGGGUGAAGUGUAUUUAUAUUUACUUAAGGGUGCACAUUAAAAAAAUCUUAUUCUGUGUUUGUACAAAGACCCAAAUUUUCAUAGUGCCUAGAAAUAGCUCAGAUCUAUUCUACUCAAGAUUAUUUGUAUUUUUUCAGGGUAUUCUACCUAGAGCCUGUGGUUAAUCGCCUCCCUGCUCCCCUACCUUUUAUUCCCUACCCCCUCAGGGAAUUUGGGUACAUGUUAGGAAUAGUCCUUUGUUUUUCUUAUGAACCUAGAAAAUUACAGAUCAUAAAAUCUGGAUAUUAAAGUAGUUUCCAAAAGCAUUUCAUGGGAAAUCAAAGUGCUUGGCAUUUCCGAGCUGGAGAAUAAAAUCAAGAAUCCUUAAGAGAGAAAAGAAAAUGGAGGUAGAAAUAUGAAUUUUAACUGGGAAAAAUAAUUGGAAAGCUAACCUUUUCAAAUACUCUAAUUAUGAAAGUUGGAAAAGGUUGUGAUGCUCAGGAUUAUCCUGUAAUGUGUGAAGAUACAUAAAUUAGCACCUAAUUUGUAGGCAAAUUUUGGUAAAACACAAAAAAUUAUAGUAUGUCUAAGUUCAUGAAAAGUAUGUAAAUGCAGUGGGCCUAGAAACCUGGCCACACUGAAAUACAGUUUAAUGUGGAAACUUUUCUAAAUACAUGUUGUAGCAUCUUUGGACAUCAACGUGUGGCCUGAAAUUUUUAUUAUUGUUCCCUCUUCUUCUCCAUUAAAAAAAAAAAAAUCUCCUUGUGGUAUUUAGUCAUUUACCAUUGACACAUAUUAUGGCUUAAAAAGGGCCAUCCCUUCCUUUUCUGAGCUGGAGUUCUUCACGCUCACCUUUGAUGCAUGGCCUUAGCUGUUUACUUUGCCUUGUUUUAUUCAUGAACAUUGGGUUUAGUGCCUGGCAACUUGAUGCAUAUGGAAGAGCAGUGCCAAGUGAUCUGACAUAAUACAAAUUCACAAAGUGACAUUCAAUCACAAGCAAAGUUGGAAACUCCAAAGAGAAGUGGUGAGAUCUUUACUAGUCACAGUGAAGAUGGGAGAAAAUGACAUACCUGCAGCAGAUGUGGGCUGAAAAUAUCCUCUUCUCUGCCCAAUCAGGAAUGCUACCUGUUUUUGGGAAUAAACUUUAAAGAAAGGAAGGGCCAAAACUACGACUUGGCUUUCUGAAACUGAAGUAUAAAUGUUCUUUUCCUCCAUUUGUCUGGAUCUGAGAACCUGCAUUUGGUAUUAGCUAGUGGAAGCAGUAUGUAUGGUUGAAGUGCAUUGCUGCAGCUGGUAGCAUGAGUGGUGGCCACCAGCUGCAGCUGGCUGCCCUCUGGCCCUGGCUGCUGAUGGCUACCCUGCAGGCAGGCUUUGGACACACAGGACUGGUACUGGCAGCAGCGGUGGAGUCUGAAAGAUCAGCAGAACAGAAAGCUAUUAUCAGAGUGAUCCCCUUGAAAAUGGACCCCACAGGAAAACUGAAUCUCACUUUGGAAGGUGUGUUUGCUGGUGUUGCUGAAAUAACUCCAGCAGAAGGAAAAUUAAUGCAGUCCCACCCCCUGUACCUGUGCAAUGCCAGUGAUGACGACAAUCUGGAGCCUGGAUUCAUCAGCAUCGUCAAGCUGGAGAGUCCUCGACGGGCCCCCCGCCCCUGCCUGUCACUGGCCAGCAAGGCUCGGAUGGCGGGUGAGCGAGGAGCCAGUGCUGUCCUCUUUGACAUCACUGAGGAUCGAGCUGCUGCUGAGCAGUUGCAGCAGCCGCUGGGGCUGACCUGGCCAGUGGUGUUGAUCUGGGGUAAUGACGCUGAGAAGCUGAUGGAGUUUGUGUACAAGAACCAAAAGGCCCAUGUGAGGAUCGAGCUGAAGGAGCCCCCGGCCUGGCCAGACUAUGAUGUGUGGAUCCUUCUGACAGUGGUGGGCACCAUCUUUGUGAUCAUCCUGGCUUCGGUGCUGCGCAUCCGGUGCCGCCCCCACCACAGCAGGCCGGAUCCGCUUCAGCAGAGAACAGCCUGGGCCAUCAGCCAGCUGGCCACCAGGAGGUACCAGGCCAGCUGCAGGCAGGCCCGGGGUGAGUGGCCAGACUCAGGGAGCAGCUGCAGCUCAGCCCCUGUGUGUGCCAUCUGUCUGGAGGAGUUCUCUGAGGGGCAGGAGCUACGGGUCAUUUCCUGCCUCCAUGAGUUCCAUCGUAACUGUGUGGACCCCUGGUUACAUCAGCAUCGGACUUGCCCCCUCUGCAUGUUCAACAUCAUAGAGGGAGAUUCAUUUUCCCAGUCCCUGGGACCCUCUCGAUCUUACCAAGAACCAGGUCGAAGACUCCACCUCAUUCGCCAGCAUCCUGGCCAUGCCCACUACCACCUCCCUGCUGCCUACCUGUUGGGCCCUUCCCAGAGUGCAGUGGCUCGGCCCCCACGACCUGGUCCCUUCCUGCCAUCCCAGGAGCCAGGCAUGGGCCCUCGGCAUCACCGCUUCCCCAGAGCUGCACAUCCCCGGGCUCCAGGAGAGCAGCAACGCCUGGCAGGAGCCCAGCACCCCUAUGCACAAGGCUGGGGACUGAGCCACCUCCGAUCCACCUCAAAGCACCCUGCUGCUUGCCCAGUGCCCCUACGCCGGGCCAGGCCCCCUGACAGCAGUGGAUCUGGAGAAAGCUAUUGCACAGAACGCAGUGGGUACCUGGCAGAUGGGCCAGCCAGUGACUCCAGCUCAGGGCCCUGUCAUGGCUCUUCCAGUGACUCCAUGGUCAACUGCACGGACAUCAGCCUACAGGGGGUCCAUGGCAGCAGUUCUAGUUUCUGCAGCUCCCUAAGCAGUGACUUUGACCCCUUAGUGUACUGCAGCCCUGAAGGGGAUCCCCAGCUAGUGGACAUGCAGCCUAGCGUGACCUCUCGGCCACGUUCCUUGGACUCGGUGGUGCCCACAGGGGAAACCCAGGUUUCCAGCCAUGUCCACUACCACCGCCACCGGCACCACCUCUACAAAAAGCGGUUCCAGUGGCAUGGCAGGAAGCCUGGCCCAGAAACUGGGGUCCCCCAGUCCAGGCCUCCUAUUCCUCGGACACAGCCCCAGCCGGAGCCACCUUCUCCUGAUCAGCAAGUCACCAGAUGCAACUCAGCAGCCCCUUCGGGGCAGCUCUCUAACCCACAGUGUCCCAGGGCCCUUCCUGAGCCAGCCCCUGGCCCAGCUGAAGCCUCCAGCAUCUGCCCCAGUACCAGCAGUCUGUUCAGCUUGCAAAAAUCCAGCCUCUCUGCCCGACACCCACAGAGGAAAAGGCGGGGGUGUCCCUCCGAGCCCACCCCUGGCUCUCGGCCCCAGGAUGCAACUGUGCACCCAGCUUGCCAGAUUUUUCCCCAUUACACCCCCAGCGUGGCAUAUCCUUGGUCCCCAGAGGCACACCCCUUGAUCUUUGGACCUCCAGGCCCGGACAGGAGGCUACUACCAGAAACCCCAGGCCCCUGUUACUCAAAUUCACAGCCAGUGUGGUUGUGCCUGACUCCUCGCCAGCCCCCAGAACCACAUCCACCUGGGGAGGGGCCUUCUGAGUGGAGUUCUGACACCGCAGAGGGCAGGCCAUGCCCUUAUCCGCACUGCCAGGUGCUGUUGGCUCAGCCUGGUGAGUUUUCAGAGGGAAGUGGGUGUGAUAGGGAGAGAAGACUAGAGCUGAAUAUUUCAGGACAGGUGAAGUCAGCCAACAAAGGGUUGAUGGAAGCUGAGAAGGAUACAGCAGAGGUGACAACCAAAAUACUUAACCAUCGGGACAGCAUAUCAUGCUGGCUAGAGUGCAGGAACACCCCAGCUCUGCCAGGUGCUACCCCUUUAGUUGGCAGAUCACAGGGAGGUGCUGGUGUGGCUGAGGCAUCAGAAAGGCACUUGGAAGGCUGGGUGUGAUGGCUCAUGCCUGUAAUCCCAGAACUUUGGGAGGCCUAGGUGGGUGGAUCCCUUGAGGCCAGGAGUUCAAGACCAACCUGGCCAACAUGGUGAAACCCUAUCUCUACUAAAAAUACAAAAAUUAGCUGGGCAUGGUGGCGGGCACUUAUAAUCCCAGCUACUCAGGAGGCUGAGGCAGGAGAAUCGCGUGAACCUGAGAGGCGGAAGUUGCAGUGAGCCAAGAUGGCGCCACUGCACUCCAGCCUGGGUAACAGAGUGAGACUCUGUCUCAAAAAAAAAAAAAAAAAAAAGAGGCACUUGGAAUGGUCCCGGGGUAGCGGCUCAAACAUAAGUGUUUCUAUAUUUUAAUAACUGGCUUAGUUCUACCAAUGCUCACAGCUCAGUAUUAGUUCUAAAUACAAAGAAGGCCAAGAAGUGUUCCUUGGGGACAGCUAUAGUAGAACUAAUUACACAUAACCAUAAUACGAGGCUAUAGAAGAAGAGCUAUGUGAGUAACGAGAAAAAAGAGAGAGAGAGAAACCACAGGUGGUUCCCAGCAGCCCUGUGGGGCCUUAGGUUUUCUUCUCUUCCCCUGUGGUAAAAGAACAAGGAGGACUUCCCUUCAACGCAUCAUUAUUAAUAAGACUGACCUUAACUUCUUGGGGAUUCAGUGCAUCCCUAUAUCAUAAGUAGUGAUCAUGUAAAUUCUCAACAUUAACAUGGUGUUUACUUGCCCACAUAUCUCUCUUUUCCAUUCAGGACCUUCCACCUUCUACUCUUCCCCAUCUUCCCCCAUUGUAUGGAUGACACAGUUCUUUGUCUACAGCCGUCACUAGAACCCUUCCAACGCAGGAGGUGACACAAAGGUCCUGAAAUAUUCUUCAUGUAGGAAUUCUUCAUGCAGGACCUAGGAGCUGCCCUCAUCCAAUUCAUUCAUUUAUUCAUUUCCUUCCUCCUUCCUUCCUUUUUUUCCUGCUGACUAUAUGCCUGCUUUGUGCUAGGUUCCAGGCUAGGCUCUGAGGACAUGGAACUUGCCAAUCAGGACAUCCAGGUCCAUGGGGAGAGAGCCAAGUACUGAAAGCUUUGGCUAUGUUUGUGAUUCCAUUCAGACCCUAUGGUGUGUGUACUUUGAGUGCUGCCAGUACCACACCACUAUCUCCCUUUUCUCUCAAACUCAGAACUAGUUUCAGUGCCUCUCUUUUUCUUGCCUCUCACAUCUAAUCAGUGCCAGAUUCUGUUAACUGUAUCUUGGCUAGCUUUAUCAUGCUCUUUUCAAGUCCAGUACUGAUGGCCCUGCCAGUGUCUUAGGUAUACCCUAAAGAUCCAUGCAAGAGCCUCCUAGCUCUUCCCUUCCCUCUUACAGGGCCUCGAAGGCUGAGUGCUGCCCAUCCGGUAUGUCCCACAAAGUUGUGCGCCACAGCUCCACUGCUCACCUACCCUCCCUAUUGCUGCCAGCAUCAUCUGCCUUACACUAAACUGUCCAGAAAUCUUCAAAUGUUCUGUUUGUCCACAGAGAGGAAAAAUCCAACCUGCUUUGGCCUCAAAGGUUCCUGCACCAGCCAGCCCCCAUCUUCCUUCUCAA